AUGCUAAGUCACGAGGUUGAGGGUAACUUUCUUUCUUUUUUUCAGACUCUUGACUAUGAUGCCAUUACCAACCUCCGAAAUCUACAGUUCUCUUCGACCAAUACUGCCGUCCCGUCUGCCCUCCUCGGAGGGGUCCCCUUCAGCUCUGGCGAUAUGUCGGGCUCCCCUAGCGCCAGCUUCGGUCGACCCCUCACAAUGUCCGGCAAUGAUGUACUGAGCAGAACUCGGACGAUCCAUGAGGGCAUGUUGGGCUUCGAGGCUGCGGGAGCGGGACAACCGAUGCUGAAGCGAACAAUCGCAGCCAACGGUGUCUUCUGGACGGCAGCCACUUGCCUCUUGGUGGCCACGGUCGUGUUGCUUUUCUUGAUCGGAGCCAUUGUCAUUAUCACCUACCGUAGAAGGAAGCCAUCAACUGUGGUGCUUAACGGUAAGACUGACCUGCCAAGAUGUCAUUGA